AGAAUGAAGGUAUAGGAUGAUGACAGUACUGGACGUGUAAGGGAAAAGUUCAAGUCGAGAAAAACAGUUGUGAAGGCUGAGCCGCGCAGCUGAUCGUGACACCCAUCCCUCUCGUAAGAUGAGAUCAUAGUCUAAAUCUGGGUUACAAAGCGGGAAGACUGUGCUCAAGGAGAGGCGUUGUUUUCCCGUGCUCCCUGCGCUGUUCUGGAAGCGGAAGGAUAGCACCUCUCCCAGCAGGUGCUGGCUGCCAUGAGCUCUCUUACUGAGCAGUCAUCACUGCCUUCUGCAUACUGGGUCAGAGCAGACACGAAACCUUCAAAGCCGUAGAGGGUUCUUACCGAUGAGGAGCCGAUGAGGUCCGUAUGCUGGAGCAAACACUACGUCAUGAAUCUUCAUAACUGGCAUACAGGAUCUGAUCUGAGCGCUCUGAGGUGGAGGAAGCAGGGAACAGAGCAAGCAAUCGGAGGAGCAUCAUUUCCACGGAAUGAUUGAAGAUUGCGGGAAAAGAGGAAAUACCAUGGCAGAAAGAAGGCAGCUGUUUGCAGAAAUGCGGGCUCAAGAUCUGGAUCGCAUUCGUUUGUCCACCUACCGAACAGCCUGUAAGCUCAGAUUUGUUCAGAAGAAAUGCAAUUUGCACCUGGUGGACAUCUGGAACGUGAUAGAAGCGUUGCGGGAAAAUGCCCUCAACAACCUGGACCCCAACAUCGAACUGAACGUGGCUCGCCUCGAAGCUGUGAUUUCGACGAUUUUCUACCAGCUCAACAAACGGAUGCCGACGACCCACCAGAUCAAUGUGGAGCAAUCCAUCAGCUUACUGCUGAACUUCUUGCUAGCGGCCUUUGAUCCGGAAGGACAUGGUAAAAUUUCCGUUUUUGCAGUCAAAAUGGCCUUGGCGACUCUUUGUGGAGGAAAGAUCAUGGACAAAUUAAGAUAUAUUUUCUCAAUGAUUUCAGACUCCAGUGGAGUGAUGGUUUAUGGCAGAUACGACAUGUUUCUGCGGGAGGUUCUCAAGCUGCCCACGGCUGUUUUUGAAGGGCCUUCAUUUGGUUAUACUGAGCAAUCAGCGAAAUCCUGUUUCUCUCAACAGAAAAAAGUCACAUUAAACACUUUCUUGGAUACUCUCAUGUCUGAUCCCCCACCACAGUGUCUAGUGUGGUUACCACUUCUUCAUCGGCUGGCAAAUGUUGAAAAUGUCUUCCACCCCGUCGAGUGUUCCUACUGCCACAGCGAGAGCAUGAUGGGGUUUCGCUACCGCUGCCAGCAGUGUCACAAUUACCAGCUCUGUCAGGACUGCUUCUGGAGAGGCCAUGCCAGCGGUUCCCACAGCAACCAGCACCAAAUGAAAGAGUACACGUCAUGGAAAUCACCUGCUAAGAAGCUAACUAAUGCACUUAGCAAGUCUUUAAGCUGUGCUUCCAGCCGUGAACCUUUGCACCCAAUGUUCCCUGACCAGCCUGAAAAACCUCUAAACCUGGCUCAUAUUGUAGAUACUUGGCCCCCCCGACCUGUAACCAGCAUGAAUGACACACUCUUCUCCCACUCUGUUCCCUCAGGAAGUCCUUUUGCAAACAGAAGGUUACUUGGGGGUAUAAAUGUAGCCAGUCCUGUGGCUGAUGAGCAUUCUCUUAUAAAGCUGUAUGUAAAUCAGCUUCACAACAACUCACGCGUGCUCGACAGCGCAAGUCGCCUGGAUGAAGAGCACAAGCUGAUCGCCAGGUAUGCAGCAAGGCUGGCAGCAGAAACUUCUUCAUCACAGCAGCAGCAGGGGCAGCAGAGAGGGGCAGCAGACAUCUCCUUCACCAUCGAUGCAAACAAGCAGCAGAGGCAGCUGAUUGCCGAGCUGGAAAAUAAAAACCGAGAAAUCCUACAGGAGAUCCAGAGGCUGCGACUUGAGCACGAACAAGCAUCUCAGCCCACACCGGAGAAGGCACAACAAAAUCCUACUCUCCUGGCAGAGCUCCGGCUCCUGAGGCAGCGGAAAGACGAGCUGGAACAGAGGAUGUCUGCUCUCCAGGAAAGCCGAAGGGAGCUUAUGGCUCAGUUGGAAGGCCUCAUGAAACUGCUGAAGACCCAAGGGGCAGGGUCCCCACGUUCCUCACCCAGCCACACCAUCAGUCGACCGAUCCCGAUGCCCAUCAGGUCUGCCUCUGCCUGCUCCACCCCAACCCACACGCCUCAGGACUCUCUGACCGGGGUGGGAGGAGAUGUGCAGGAAGCCUUUGCACAAAGUGCAAGACGGAACUUGAGAAACGAUUUGCUGGUGGCAGCAGAUUCAAUCACCAACACCAUGUCUUCUUUGGUAAAAGAACUAAAUUCUGAGGUGGGCAGUGAGACAGAAAGCAACGUGGAUUCCGAAUUUGGACGGACCCAUUUUGACGACCUCGUUCCGUCCCCAACAUCCGAGAAGGCUUUCCUCGCGCAGAUCCACGCCCGGAAGCCAGGCUACAUCCACAGUGCUGCUGCCACGGGAUCCAUGCGCAGUGACAUGGUUACAGAAGAUGGAGACCCCUUUGUCAGAGCAGAUGAUGAAAAUUAUGAGAAUGAUUCUGUCCGCCAGCUGGAGAAUGAACUGAAGAUGGAGGAGUACCUGAAGCAGAAGCUGCAGGAUGAGGCAUACCAGGCAAGCUGCAGUCAGACAGACAACGAGAGCUAUGUAAGAACUGAUGAUGAGGAGAGCUGCUUUCGGACAGACGAUGAGGAAAGCUUAGCUGCAAACUUCACAGAAGAGUGGAACCAAGAGGUGCAGCGUCUCUUGACAAAAAAUUCACAUAACUAAGUUCUGAGGACUGUAGCACAGUACUUUUGUUCUAAGAGUUGUAGUUUGUAGAUGUGUGUUUUGACAAAAAGACUUUUGUUUAAAGCUAACUUAUAUUAGCUACAUCUUCUGUAACAUGGCUCAUUACCAGUGAAGAAUACAGACUGAAGUAUGUACUGCUGUUACAAAGGAUGGCAGUAUUAAUAACUCACAUAAACCCUUUGCACAUGAUAUUGAACCUGUUCAGUUUACAAUGACAAUACUGUUUAUAGAUAGAAAUUUGAUUUCUGAAUACUUCGAGAUUUUAGUAGAUCAGUUUACUAUACACUGUACAUUUUUUCCACGGAAGAAAUAAAAAGCUGCAAUUAUGCAUUUAACACUGAAUGAUUAUACUCCUGAGUGUAUAUAUCUAGUAGCCCAAAAAUUGAAGUACCAGACUAUAUUUGCAAUUUGUUUGCAAGUCUUUAAAUUGACUUAUACAAAAUGUACUAAAAUAAUAUAAUUAUUAAUAAUAACUGAAAAAUCUCUAAUCUAGGGCUAAUGUGUAACUUAGGAAUGUUUCUUUCAAAAUAAUCUAACAAAUCAGCCAUAGAAGUUAGUGUAAAUAUUUUUUUUCCAAAUAGCUAUCAUAUACAAAAGGUGACAUUCAAAUGAUAGAGAAUCUAGUUUUUAAAUCAGCACAGAUCUUCUUAAAACUGUGAACUAUGUUUUGAAAUACUCGUUGCUAAAGCUGUUUAUAAACCACAGGUGCCAUAAGAUCCCUGAACUGACUGAUGUUAUGUAUAAUCUUCCAUGGUAUCGUUUCAUUGAUGUUUUAGCUUUAGUAAGCAUGUGUUCAGCAAAUCGUCUCUUUCCAUUUCUCUGCCCCUCCAACUCACCCACUCCAUUAACGUUAUUUUUGAGGCCUUCAGCUUUAAAUGUACAGGCUUAAAGUGCGCUUGCAACUGUUUUCUUUUUAUUUCCGAAUGUGUAUUGCCUUAGCCAGCCACCAGAUGUUCUGCAUGCACUCUUGGAAAUGUGUAGUGAGACUCUUUCAGAGCUGGAUGGAGAAUUAGCUAUCAGUGAAAAGCACAAGAAAAGCGGUGGAUUAUUUUGAAAGGACAUGCAUACGGUUACAGGAUUAGAGUUUUGUCCAUUUUCGUAGCUCUCAAGGAUAAAGGCAUUUCAGGAGAAAGGGGACCUAUCUGGCCAUUUUGGAUUAGGAAGUGAGACUGCUAGCUAAAACGUGUUUGCUCAGCUGUUACUACAAGCCUAUGGGUAGUUCUGAGCAGGGACAGACACAAAAUAGCUGGAAUAUCCCCCAUGCAGUGUAUUGCUUGGAAAUAAAGAUUAUGCCUGUAUGGCGUAAUACAUAGCCGAUAGUAGUCCACAUGGAGAACUCGGAGCCAGUCCAGGACCAGCUAGACCAGAAGCAGGGCAGGAACAUCAGUGCAACGCUACGUGCUGGUCGCAUAGCCCAGCAGAGAAGCUCAGUGUGUUAGCUUGGGACAGCCUCUGUGCUAACAUCAUUUUACUACACUAAUACAACAUCGCUGCUUCCAGUAUCUGGCUGACCCGAAGUGACAUUGCCUCGCAGCCCUGAAAACAGUAACAUUUCAUACAGAUAUUUCACACCAGCACAGUUUGCCUACAGCAAGUGAUCAGAUAUCGAUCUGAAGCAGGUUAACACGGUUUGUCUGUCCUCUCUUUCAUGGUUACCUGGAUGUGCGCUGCCAUAUUUAUGUGAGAUUGCUGUGUAGCUCAGCCCAGUAAGUUCACUUGUUGCUUGCAUGCACUCUCUAGGCUCGUGGCUGUUUCCCUGGGCAUUAUGUGUUAGGGGAUGAGUAUCUGUAUGAAAGAGCUGCUGCCAUUUUUCACUUUCAUAUAGUAUUAUUGCUUAUGCAGAACUCUUGUCCACAUCUCCUUGCAUAGCUGGGCUUGGUCUCAGACAUCCAAAUGGAUACUAAGGCAUCCAGAUAUCUUCAUGCAAGCUUUUCAUUUCUGCGGUCACUGGUCUUUGCUCCUGGGAUAUGUGCCAACCUGGCAAGGCAGGCACCAUAUCCUCUGAUGCCCCCUCCUCUAACCUCCUCUCAGGAAUGGGUGAGCCUCCACUAGUGCCUAGCACUCCACAUUUAAAGCUAAUCCAAUGAAGCUGUAGAUGUUGCUGUCAGCUCAGGAUUCCAGUCAAGCAUUUCCUGAACAGUGAUAAAACAAGCUAGAACGCAGCUAUGUGCAAUGGCUGACUAAUUCAACCCAUGUCAUGUUUAACUGUACCCAGAGUAAUAGCUCCCUCCCAUCACCAUCAUGUCUAUGUGACCAUUAUCACUAUGCUUAAAAUAGAUGUAAUAGAAUAAAUCCAUUGCAAGGGCUUCCAGACUAGGGGUAAUGAAGAAAGUUGAUGCAUCGAGCGCCUUUCUCUCAGCAAGGUGGUCCCCAGCAGGGCUCUAGGUCCCUCGUGCCCUGGAGCUCUGAGAUGAAGCACCUCUUAUUCGGCUCUCCAAAUAUCUAUUUUAAGCAUUUUCCAACUGUCAGGCUGGCUACAUUUUCGCCCAGCUGGUCUUUGUCUGCUUGUUGAAUAUUAUUUUGAGUGUGGUUUGCGGUCAUUAAUACAAACAGUUGCAGAAGAGGUCCUUGGCAUGGGCCUUUUCUUAACUACCAAUGGCCCACCACAGCAGUCAAGUCUCUGGGUGGUUUUACUGUCACUGGAGGGAAACCAGUGGUUUGGAUUCAGGAGACAGGGAUGUGAAGAUGUAUAUGGUCCUCGAAUGUCCAAAGCAAAGGUGGAGAAUGGGUUGUCUGUAAGUAGUAAUGUUAACUAAACCGCAUAAAAAGGUGUGUGGCCUUUGUUGUGAUAUAAUAUGUAUUUUCUUAUAUGCAUGAGCCAAAUUGUUGCAUCAUAAUUUAUCACGUGUGUCUGCCUUUACUUUCAGUCAUCUUCUCCCAUCUUUAUUGGUUCUUGGCAAUUACUGUAGAUAGACUUUGUAAAUAUUGCAACCUCAGGUUGCUGUAAUCACAUUGGUUCAAUUCAGCAGACGGAGCUGUGAACAACGAGCACUCCACUGUGUCCUGAAGGCAAAGGGCAUUUUUACCUUUGAACCAAAAAAAAAAAAUGUAUGAAGAGUUACAUCUUGAGGCUACUAACUAUAAGACAUUUUUAAAACUACUGUACUUGACACCACUUGAGACAGAUACAGAGACACUAAAGAUGUCACAAUAUUCAUUGGUAUUGUAACAGAACUGCUAUUGUAUGGGUUUUUUGUAUUGCUGUUAAGUAUUGUUUUGUGUGUGUGUGUUGGAACCUACUGGGGACAUGUUAUAUUUUGAAGUGAUUAAACUAUUUAAUUGUGUGUCUAUAUUUUGGAAUGGAAUUAUUUCUUCAUUAAAAAGAUUUUUAAAAGUAA